AACAAGUAGUUCCCACGGAGCAAGUUGUUACAAUAAGUGAAAAUACUUAGGAAUUUUGAUAGAGAAAGGUUCGAACUAGUAGCCAAAAGGUCAAAUUUUGGAUUACUUUUUGGAUUACUUCACCAUUAAACCAAACAAAUAUUUUGAAAAAUGUGGUCUUCUAAUCGCACUUGUAUUUUGUGGCCUAAAACAAAUGCUUUAUGUGCCUUAUAGAAGGAACGGGCCUGCUCCUCACUUGCGUUCGCCACUGAUCUUGACAGUCGAGACAGAUGAAAAGGAGAACUCGGACCGGGGAGAUCUCUACUAACUCAUAUGAGGGCGUCGUAAACUGUAGUGUGUUCCCCCCUUGGCGAACAGUGAUUAAAAAUAGAGAGAAAGAGAUAAGGCGUGUGUGUUUGCCACUCAAAGACCACGUUUCAAACAAAAUGUAAUGUUAGAUAGCUAGGAUAUGAAGUUUAUACUUUAUAGAAUUUAAAACAAUUAACAGUUUGAGAAUCAAACGCACAAUAAAUAUAAUUAGAUACCAAUGAUUCAUACAUACUGAAAUUUAUAAAUUUGAAGACUAAGACGAAUGUUUCUUUUACAGUUCUGAAAGCCGGUAAUGCGUACAGAAGGUAUAACCAAUAGGAAAGUAAGUUUUUUUACAUUUUCUGUUGACUACUUCUGUGAAGUUUACUUUACACGUAUAACAUUAGGGACGUUAACAUCAGUCUAUUGAAUAAUUUCUCAAGAUGUCCUGAAAGUCAUACCUAAAACCUGGAACCUGUCUCCCCCACAUUCCAUUAAUUUCCGGUAAGCUAUGAGAACGAUUUUUGAAUAUAUUUUUUUUCUUCUCAAGAGAACAAGAAUGUGGUUUGUAAUAUAGAAAUUUGCAAAAACAUCCAAAUUCUAAAUUUUUUUUUUUUUUUUUUUUUUUAAAUUGCCAAAUUCUAAAUUUAUAGGCAACUUGUCCAUAUAACAACUAAUUCAUUUUUUUUCCUCUUUUUAGUGAUCAGCCUUUAUGCAUUGUAAAUUUCGGAGGAGGAUAUAUUUGUGUUCACAUUUGGUCCGUGCACGUGAUCGGAAAUUUUCAAGAACAUCCAAACACAUAAAGAAGUCCAUGACUUUGAAUUACUUAUUCUUACAUUUUUGUUUUUGUUUUACUUAUUCUUACAUUGCAUAGUGUGCUUAAAACAAUUCUUUUCGGUGUUAAAAUAAAAAUCUUUAUCUAAAAGAAAAUUUCGGUUUUUAUUUUCGGUCUUUAUCUAAUAUGAAUUCUUUUCGAUUUUUAAAAAAGCUGCUUCUCAAGAGUCUUUGCAUGUGUCCGUGACUUUGUCGGGCAACAUGGUCCGAACGGUUGAUGUCGACAUUAACCUAAUGGUUGUCUUUUUGUGAGAAUUAUUCAACUAAAAUACUCUAAAAGUGUAUAUUUUAUAUUUUAUAUUUUAUAUUUUAUAUUUUAUAUUUUAUAUUUUAUAUUUUAUAUUUUAUAUUUUAUAUUUUAUAUUUUAUAUUUUAUAUUUUAUAUUUUAUAUUUUAUAUUUUAUAUUUUAUAUUUUAUAUUUUAUAUUUUAUAUUUUAUAUUUUAUAUUUUAUAUUUUAUAUUUUAUAUUUUAUAUUUUAUAUUUUAGAUUUUAUAUUUUAUAUUUUAUAUUUGGAAAAGCAAAUAUUUAGACUCCAUACCAUAUAAACCAUAUAGUUUAAAAACUUAGAAAUGCUAUUUAAUAUUUACCAUUUCAAAUUCACAAAUAUGUCUUUGUCACUCAGAAUAAUAAUAUGAGAGUCGUUGGGAAAGUUCAAAGGCUUUUGAAAGAAAAUCAUCAAAAAAGAUUUGAUCGUAUUAAACUAAGAUUUGAUCCUAUAAAACUAUUUGAGCAUCUAUAUAUACAUGUGUUUUCACACUCAUUGGCAAUCACUUAUUAUCAAAGAAAAAGAGAAGCAAAUCAAGUCUUCUUUAUUUUCUUGUGAUUUUGUCAUAUUUUUUUACUUUUUAUAAUUUGGUAAUAAUGGGGAACUGCAUGGAGAGAUGUAGGGAAGGAGAAGGAGAAGUAGAAGAAGGGAAGACAGAGGUAAGAGAAAAUGCAAAAGAGUCUUUCAGACUUGAUGGUGAUGAAGAUGGUCACGGUGGAAUGAAGGUGAAGAUAGUGCUUACAAGACAUGAAUUGGAUAUGUUUUUGCUUCAGAUGAAUAAGAAUGACGAUGGGAACUUGAUGAUGACCAAAGAUGUUAUGGUAGAGCUAGAGAAGAUGAUCAUAAAAGCAUCAUCAUCGUUUUCAUCAUCACCGUCGUGGGAACCGUCUUUAGAGAGCAUCAUGGAGUGCCCCGAAGUUCAAGAGAUGGAUAGAUGAGAGGCUGGUGAUGCUACAUAUAUGAUCUAUGAUAAUAGGGGUGACUAGCUAGUAUAUAUUAUCAUGGGGAUGUAAAGCAUUGUGUUAAAUACGGUGAUCCGUAACAUUUUUGUAUCACUUCAUAUUAAUAGGUACGUAGGAAUAUUUGUUUAUUUGUUAAACUAGGAUCGGGGUCGAUCUCGAACAAAAUAUAAUCAGAUGUUUUGAUCUAUCAAGAAAAUAUAUUAAUGCAUUGGUUAAA